AUGCGUGAGAACGACACGGAAGGCAGUGACACUGACAGUGGAGAUUUGGAGCAUCAGGACGAUCUGGAGCAUCAGGACGACGUGGAGGAUGAGGGCGAUUUGGAGGAGGUGGACGAUUUGGAGGAGGUGGACGAUUUGGAGGAUGAGGACGAUUUGGGAAAUGUGGAUUUUGAAUAUGAGGAUGAUCCAGAGGAUAUGGAUUUUGAGUAUGAGUGA